CGGGUACUCCUGAUACUAGUGACUCGUCACUGCCCGGAGACGCUCAGUCGUUGGCAGAUCGCGGCUUCGAUCGGAUGUACACAACAGGCACCGGCAACAGCACCGGACGGUCCCGAACGGUAUCUUAUCUCCCGCGUGCCAGAGGAGCAAACGACGACAACGCCGCAUCCCAGGCAGGUUCGCGAAUUGUUGUGCUGUGAAGUGCGUGCCGCACACUUGUGUUAGCAACGCGCGGUGAUUUGGAAGAACUUGCCAAAAAGAACGCGUGCUCUCUCUCUCGCUCAAACACUUUACAACGUACAAACAAACAUCACUAGCCCAGCGCCAUCAUGACGCCCAAAGAGUAUCCUCAAGGUAACGGAUCGCUCCAGACGAUGAAUCUCAAGAAUAGUGCCAGUGCCGACAACAUGUCGGUGGCAAGCCACAAAAGUACCAAGGAUAUUUUGGAUGUGAAAUUCAGCAAAGCACCUACCAAAGAACCAAUCUCACAAUCCGUCUCGUACUUUAAGCUGUUCCGGUUUGCCACGUGGGGCGAAGUGUUUGCCACGCUGCUAGGCAUCCUGCUCGCGUCGAUGGCAUCGCUCGGCCUACCGUACGGUGUCAUUCUGUACGGCGAGUUUACCACGCUGCUCGUCGAUCGUACCAUCGGCAUCGGCAAAUCGACCGACACGGCCAUCCUCUCGAUAUUCGGUGGCGGCAAAGUGCUAGUGAACGCAACCGAGCAGGAGAACGCAGCCGCCAUUAUGGAGGACGCGAAAGCGUUCGGGCUCGGUGUGGUAGCGGUCACGAUACUGCAGUUCAUCUUCGCCACCCUCAGCGUCGACAUUAUCAACCGUUCGGCACAGAAGCAGAUCAGCCGGAUACGGCAACUGUUUCUGAAGGCCGUCCUGCGCCAAGACAUGACCUGGUACGAUCUCAACAGCGACGACAGCUUUGCGGUGCGCAUUACGGACGAUCUGGACAAGCUGAAGGAAGGUAUUGGCGAGAAGCUGUCCAUCUUCACGUACCUGGUGAUGUCAUUCGUAAUAUCUGUGAUAUUUUCGUUCUUCUACGGUUGGAAGCUGACGCUCGUGAUACUCAGCUGCGCACCGAUCAUCAUACUGGCGACCGCAUUCGUUGCCAAGAUGCAAAGUACGCUCACGGAGAAGGAACUAAAGUCCUACUCGUCGGCCGGUGCUGUAGCUGAAGAGGUACUCGGCAGCAUCCGUACCGUGGUUGCGUUCGGUGGCGAAAAGAAGGAGCUCGAUCGAUACCGGGAACGGCUGGCCGGCGCGGAACUGAACGGUCGCCGCAAGGGUCUAUUCUCCGGCAUCGGUGGUGGCAUCAUGUGGUUCAUCAUCUACUGCUGUUACGCCCUUGCCUUCUGGUACGGCAUUAGCCUCAUCCUGGAGGAUCGUGAUAAAGAUCUGAAAGACUACACGCCCGCCGUGCUGAUCAUAGUGCUGUUCGGUGUGUUGGCUGGGGCACAAAAUCUUGGCCUAUCCUCGCCGCAUCUGGAAGCGUUCUCGACGGCCAAAGGUUCGGCGGCAACCAUCUUUUCCGUGAUCGAUCGUAAGCCGGAAAUUGAUUCGCUUGGUGAUGCGGGACUGCGACCGAAAUCGAUGCAGGGUAAUAUAAAGUUUACCAACGUAUGCUUCCGCUAUCCGGCCCGGAAUGAUGUGCAGGUGUUGCAGGGCUUAAAUUUGGAGAUCAAAACUGGCCAAACCGUUGCGCUGGUCGGUCCGUCCGGGUGCGGUAAAUCGACCUGUCUGCAGCUGAUCCAACGGUUGUACGAUCCGCUGAGUGGUACGGUCACCAUCGAUGGUACGAAGGUGAGCGAGCUAAACAUUGGCUGGUUGCGUUCGUUUAUCGGGCUCGUCGGUCAGGAGCCCGUCCUGUUUGCGACCACGAUUGCCGAGAACAUACGGUACGGUAACCCGGACGCUACGCAGAGUGAGAUUGAAUGUGCGGCCAAAAUUGCCAACUGUCACAGCUUCAUCAUGAAGCUGCCGAACGCGUACGGUACGAUGAUUGGUGAGCGUGGUGCUCAGCUGUCCGGUGGCCAGAAGCAGCGCAUCGCGAUCGCUCGUGCCCUGGUACGCAAUCCCAAAAUUCUGCUACUCGACGAGGCUACGUCCGCACUCGAUCCCAACUCGGAAAAGCGUGUGCAGGAUGCGUUGGAGCGGGCCAGCAAGGGACGCACGACGCUCGUCGUGUCACACCGUCUGUCAACCAUUACGAACGCGGACAAGAUCGUGUACAUCGACAAGGGUGUGGUGAUGGAGCAGGGCACUCACGAAGCGCUGAUGGCUGCCCGCGGUCUGUACUAUGAGCUGGUGGUCGCUAGUGGGUCUCAGAAAUCGGCAGAUGAUGACGAGAGCGUCCCGUUGGCACCGAGCGCCUUCUCCAUGCGUCAGGAAUCGGUUGAAGAUGGUGCGGAUGGAUCGGACGAUGAGUCGGACAGUGGAAAAUCGGACGAAAAGAACGAGGAAGAGCAGGAGGAGGUGUACCACGUGUCGGUGCUACGAUUGCUGAAGCUCAACUCGCCCGAGUGGCAUUACAUCCUGUUCGGGUGUGCUGCUGCAAUCGUUGUCGGCGCCUCGUUCCCAGCGUUUGCUGUCCUGUUUGGCGAGAUGUACGGUAUUCUUUCGGUCGCUGAUCCAGCAUUCGUAAAGCAGGAAUCAAACUUCUACUCCCUACUGUUCCUGGCACUCGGGCUCAUCACCGGCCUGGGAACGUUCUUCCAGACCUAUCUGUUCAACAUUGCCGGCGUGCGGCUCACGUCCCGCCUGCGACAAAAGUCGUUCAAGGCGAUCGUCACGCAAGAUAUGGCUUGGUUCGAUGAAAGCCGAAACGCGGUUGGUGCUCUCUGCGCCCGUCUGUCGGGCGAUUGUGCCAGUGUGCAGGGUGCCACGGGUACUCGGAUCGGAUCGCUACUGCAAGCCGCCUCUACCAUUUGCAUCGGUGUGGGAAUUUCUUUCUUCUACUCCUGGAACCUAACGCUCGUGUCGAUCGUCGCCAUCCCCGUCACGCUAGCUUCGAUCACACUCGAGUCACGCUACACCCAGAUGAGCAGCUUGAAGGAAAAGCAAUCGCUCGAAGGUGCUACCAAGCUGGCGGUGGAAGCCAUCUCGAACAUCCGUACGGUGGCUAGCCUGGGACAGGAGCAGCAUGUGCUGCACCGGUACAGUCAGGAGACGGUUAAGAUCGAUGAUGCCUGCCGGCGUAAGACACGGCUGCGGGGCACGGUGUUUGCCCUGGGCCAGGUGAUGCCCUUCGCCGGGUACGGGUUGGCUCUGUUCUACGGUGGAAAGCUGGUAUCGGAGAAGGAACUCGAAUACAAGGACGUUAUCAAAGUCUCGGAAGCCCUUAUCUUCGGCGCCUGGAUGUUGGGACAAGCGUUGGCGUACGCACCGAACGUAAACUCGGCCAUCCUUUCGGCGGGACGUUUGAUGAAGCUGCUCGACCGUACACCGAGAAUGCAUAAUCCUUUCAGCUCGUACCACUCGCUUUCGCAGCGUACGGAGGGCGAUAUCAAGUUCACGGAUGUAGAGUUCCGGUAUCCGACGCGUCCGUCCGUGCCCGUGUUGCAAGGCUUAAACCUGGACAUUGGUAAAGGGCAAACGGUAGCAUUGGUUGGGCCGUCCGGCUGUGGCAAGUCUACCUGCAUCCAGCUGCUUCUCCGAUACUACGACCCCGACAGUGGCAAGGUGGAUAUUGACGGUACAACCACGACCGAGUUCUCGCUCAACCGUAUACGCGCCCAGAUGGGUCUGGUAUCGCAGGAACCGAUCCUGUUCGACCGUACCAUUACGGAAAACAUUGCCUACGGAGACAACACGCGCGAUAUUGCAAUGCCGGAGAUUAUCGAAGCGGCCAAGAUGGCAAACAUACACGAGUUCAUCGUCAACCUGCCGAAAGGCUACGACACCAGCCUCGGCAGUAAGGGCGCUCAGCUGUCCGGCGGCCAGAAGCAACGGAUUGCGAUCGCCCGCGCAUUGGUGCGCAAUCCGCGCGUGUUGCUGCUGGACGAAGCGACCUCGGCGCUGGACAACCAGAGCGAAAAGAUUGUGCAGAAUGCGCUAGAUCAUGCACGAACCGGACGUACGUGCAUUAUCAUUGCCCACCGAUUGACCACGAUCCAGAACGCGAACCUCAUCUGCGUCAUCCAGAACGGGGUGGUGGUGGAGGCCGGAACGCACGAUGAGCUGAUGGCGAAGAACAGAAUCUACGCGAAGCUGUACCAGAUGCAGCAGGUGGCGUAAGUAGGCGUGCAAAUAACCGAGAUAAGAACCGUUGUUCCUAUACCCCUCCUGUCACCGUACGCACGUUGACUGCCUUUCCCGACGAUGGCGAGCGCAACGGGCGGGGGACCCACUGGAACUGGCCAUAUCCAGCUUAACAUGCAGCAGUAUUUAUGUUCGUCGCACAAGCCAACACAAGACCAAUUAGUGGAUUAGUAGAAAGGAGCGCUUAAGAAGCUUGCUUAUGACGCGCCAUUUUGUUUGGUGCGGAAAGAUGUCCAAAGAUGGCGGUGCAGAGAGAGAGGUAAACCGCCCCGUACAAGACAAAAUCAAAGACUUAUCAAACAAUCAAAAAGAGUCCUGUGUGUGUGUGUGAUUGUGGUGUAAGCCGGGGAUUUGGAAGAGAUGUAUGUUUCAGUACAGCUUUACGGGGUCCAUUUUGCCCGGCGUCCGUUUGCCGCUGGAAGAAGAAAAACGAAACGAAAGCCCCAAAAAAAAUCGAUAUUGCAUUGUGAUCGAUGCCCACCGUUCUUUCGCAGCCAUGGCUAAAACCCUUACGCCUUACGCCCCGAGCGGGGGGGGGACACUCUGUCUGAACGUACGUGAUAAUCGAAGCGCCUCCGUAGGACGUAGUGUCUACUCUUAGUGAUAAAACGUUAUUAAUUAGGCUAGGCGAGCGUAACACAAUACAGCAAGGAUGUGCCCGGAAGGUGUUCGGGUGAUCUGAUCUGGAAGGAUGGAAUGGUUUGCAUUGCACAAAUUGCUACAUAUUGCGCAGCCCGAUUGCAGCUAGGGUAGAAGCUUUUGGUAGAUAAGUAAGGGCAGAUCCAAACAACACCUAUCCCAGCACAGUGUCACGCGUUCCACAUUUUAUCGCUCUUCCUAAGCACACAGCUACAGAUAGGUUAGCAGAGUUAGCAAACUUGCUUGUAAACCAAUCUCUGCGCUAGAUAGCCGAAUGGAAAAUCGGCUCGAUCGAUCAUUGGGUGUUGGUUGGACGAAGGAAGUAAGAAAGUGUCAAGCAAGAAGCGCAUCAAUGAGAUGCGAUUGCUAUUUAUCAAACUUGUAGAUAAGAGAGGCUCGAAUGAUCGGAUCGAAUCGACAGAAAGCGCAUUGACAUAAUCGGAUGUGGGAAGCGGAUUUGUUCCAACUUUGCUACAACACAAACCCCCGUUUAGGCUCAAUACCACUCGCUCAAUCUCUUUAUCGCUGGAUUAAUUAUUGAUCUGAUCACUAUCAAUCCCGUUUUCUAUUUAAUAUUAAAUAAAUAAAUUAUAUUAUUAUUAAUA